AUGGCAAGCUACGGGGUAUGUUUACAAGUCAGUCCAGAAUGUCCAGUGUCUGCAACAACAAACGGAUACACGCCGAACUUGGGAGGUAAUAUCUUCUUCGUCAUCUUUUUUGGAAUUCUUGGCGUGGCCCAAGUAGGGCUAGGAGUCUACUACCGAACAUGGACGUUCAUGAUUGCGCUGGGCGUCGGAGCCCUGAUGGAAAUGGCAGGGUACAUAGGACGAGUCCUGAUGCACUAUAACCCGUGGAACGUGAGCGCAUUCAAGUUGCAAAUAGUGUGUCUAAUCCUUGCGCCGACAUUCAUCGCAGCCGGAAUCUACUUGACACUCAAGCACAUUAUUCUCAACCUUGGCCCAGAGCACUCGCGACUGAAACCACGACUAUUCACUUGGAUUUUCAUCAGCUGCGAUGUUGGAUCCUUGCUCCUUCAGGCUGCCGGUGGUGGGGUCGCUGCUGCUGCAAAUGAUAGCACCCCAGACCUGUUGAAGGCCGGAGACGAUAUUAUUAUCGUCGGUAUCGCAUUCCAAGUCGCCACUAUGCUCGUCUGUGGUGGCUUUGGUCUGAAGUUCUUCUUCAACGUCGCUAAGCAUGGCAAUGGAGUGACCGGUGAGAAGAACGAGGGCAGGGUGGAUUCCAUCUCUCCUAGUCGGAUGCGUCUCGUUGUAGCUGCUGAGGCUUUUACAUAUCUCACUGUGUUGAUUCGGUGUAUCUAUCGUAUUCCCGAGAUGUCAGGUGGUUGGGGCGGUCCCCUCAUGCAAAAAGAAGACGAGUUCCUUGUAUUGGAUGGAAUGAUGAUCGCCUUCGCGGUAUUAGCAAUGACUGUCUGCCACCCGGGCAUCUUCAUUCCGUCGAUACGCACUGGAAAAAAAGGAGAUCUCUGA